AUGAAGAGCCAAGUUAUUUUAAUACUCAUCGGAGUGAUCUUCUGCGUAGAAGCAGAGACGAUCAAAGAAGAUAAACACACUCUUCUCCAAUUCGUAAGCAACAUCAAUCACUCUCAUUCACUCAACUGGUCACCAAAACUUUCCAUAUGCACCAAAUGGACCGGCGUCACCUGCAACUCCGAUCAUUCCAAUGUCGUCGCUCUUCAUCUAGCAGCCACAGGUCUUCGCGGGAGUCUCGAACUAACCACCAUAGCCAGGUUAACUAAUCUUCGGCUUCUCACUCUCAGUUCUAACAACAUCUCUGGACCUUUUCCUCCGAGUUUACAAGCUUUGAAGAACUUGACCGAGCUUAAACUCGACCACAACGAGUUUUCUGGUCCUUUGCCUACUGAUUUCUCUUCUUGGGAGCGCCUUGAACUUCUUGAUCUUUCUCACAAUCGGUUUGACGGUAGAGUUCCGUCUUCGAUCGAGAAGCUAACUCGGUUACGCUCUCUGAAUCUUGCGGAUAACAAGUUUUCCGGUGAGAUUCCGAAUCUCCAUGUUCCGGGGCUGAAGCUGCUCGACUUAGCUCGAAACAACCUGACAGGAACCGUACCACAGUCACUGCAGAGAUUUCCAAUCUCAGCGUUCGCCGGAAACAAUGUCUCCUCGAGUAAGCUGGCUCCUGUUAGGAAACACACGAAGCACCACAACCAUGAAGUUCUUGGCAUAACGUUAAGCGCGUGUUUUGCGCUACUGGCUCUCCUCGCUAUCUUAUUGGUAAUCAUCCAUAACAGAGACGAGCAGAGAAGGUCUACAAAGGAGAAACCUAGCAAGAAGAGGAAAGAUUCAGAUCCAAACCUUGGUGAAGGAGAUAACAAGAUUGUGUUUUUCGAAGGGAAGAAUCUUGUCUUUGACUUGGAAGACUUGCUGAGAGCUUCUGCAGAAGUUUUAGGAAAGGGACCGUUCGGGACAACCUACAAGGUUGAUCUCGAGGACUCUGCGACCAUCGUAGUGAAAAGGAUCAAGGAAGUGUGUGUGCCUCAGCGAGAAUUCGAGCAGCAAAUCGAACAACUUGGCAAUAUCAAGCAUGACAAUGUUGCCACUCUACGAGGAUAUUUCUACUCUAAGGAUGAGAAGCUCGUCGUUUAUGACUAUUACGAACAUGGAAGUCUUUCUUCAUUACUACACGGUCAGAGAGGACACACGAAUAGGAAACCACUAGAAUGGGAAACGAGACUGAACAUGGUGUAUGGAGCAGCAAGAGGAGUGGCUCAUAUCCACUCGCAAAGCGGAGGGAAACUAGUCCACGGGAACGUAAAAUCCUCAAACGUUUUCCUCAACGCGAAAGGAUACGGCUGCAUCUCUGGAGCAGGAAUGGCCGCACUGAUGCAUUCGCUACCCCGACAUGCAGUUGGCUAUCGUGCACCAGAGAUAACAGACACGAGAAAGGGGACACAAGCGUCGGAUGUGUAUAGUUUCGGCGUCUUGAUAUUCGAGGUACUAACGGGAAAGCCAGAAGUAGCUAACCUGGUGAGGUGGGUGAACUCGGUGGUUAGAGAGGAGUGGACUGGAGAGGUGUUUGAUGAAGAGCUUUUGAGGUGUACACAAGUAGAGGAAGAGAUGGUGGAGAUGCUUCAGGUUGGUAUGGUUUGCACGGCGAGGCUGCCGGAGAAGAGACCGAACAUGGUCGAGGUAGUGAGAAUGGUGGAAGAGAUACGACCGGAGAAGCUAGCCAGCGGAUACAGAUCAGAGGUUUCCACAGGCUCAACUCCAAUUGGCAGUCUAUCAGGAUCGCCGUAUAUACUGUGA